AUGAUGGAGGCCUUCAUGGCCUCCGCCGACAUGCCGGCCUUCCCAUGGGGCGCGGCGGCCACCCCGCCGCCGCCGGCCGCCGUCCCGCAGCAGCCGGCCUUCAACCAGGACACGCUGCAGCAACGCCUGCAGGCCAUCAUCGAGGGCUCCAGGGAGACCUGGACCUACGCCAUCUUCUGGCAGUUCUCCACCGACGCCGGCGCCUCGCUCCUCGGCUGGGGCGACGGCUACUACAAGGGCUGCGACGACGCCGACAAGCGCCGCCAGCAGCCCACCCCGGCCUCCGCCGCCGAGCAGGAGCACCGCAAGCGCGUCCUCAGGGAGCUCAACUCGCUCAUAGCCGGGGGAGGCGCCGCUGCGCCCGACGAGGCCGUCGAGGAGGAGGUCACGGACACCGAGUGGUUCUUCCUCGUCUCCAUGACCCAGUCCUUCCCCAACGGGAUGGGCUUGCCGGGGCAGGCGCUCUUCGCCGGCCAGCCCACCUGGAUCGCCACGGGGCUCGCCAGCGCGCCCUGCGAGCGGGCCAGGCAGGCCUACACCUUCGGCCUCCGCACCAUGGUCUGCAUCCCCCUCGGCACCGGCGUGCUCGAGCUCGGCGCCACCGAGGUCAUCUUCCAGACCAACGAUAGCUUGGGGAGGAUCCGCUCGCUCUUCAACCUCAACGGCGGAGGAGGGGGCUCUGGAUCCUGGCCGCCCGUGGCGCCGCCGCCGCAGGAGGCGGAGACGGAUCCGUCCGUGCUCUGGCUCGCCGACGCGCCGGCCGGGGACAUGAAGGAGUCACCGCCGUCCGUCGAGAUCUCCGUCUCCAAGCCGCCGCCGCCACAGCCGCCGCAGAUCCAUCACUUCGAGAACGGGAGCACCAGCACGCUCACGGAGAACCCCAGCCUGUCCGUGCACGCGCAGCAGCCUCCGCCACAGCAAGCGGCUGCGGCGGCGCAGAGGCAGAACCAGCACCAGCUCCAGCAUCAGCACCAGCUCCAACUCCAGCACCAGCACAACCAGGGCCCUUUCCGCCGGGAGCUCAAUUUCUCAGAUUUCGCGUCCAACGCAUCCGUCACGGUGACCCCGCCUUUCUUCAAGCCCGAGUCUGGUGAGAUCCUAAACUUUGGCGCUGACAGCACCAGCCGGAGGAACCCUUCGCCGGCGCCCCCCGCCGCGACGGCCAGCCUCACCACCGCGCCGGGGAGCCUCUUCUCCCAGCACACGGCGACUGUGACGGCCCCAUCAAACGACGCCAAGAACAACCCGAAGCGGUCCAUGGAGGCCACCUCCCGCGCGAGCAACACCAACCACCACCAGACCGCCACAGCCAACGAGGGGAUGCUGUCCUUCUCGUCGGCGCCGACGACGCGGCCGUCCACCGGCACGGGCGCGCCAGCCAAGUCGGAGUCCGACCACUCCGACCUGGAGGCGUCGGUCCGCGAGGUGGAGAGCAGCCGCGUGGUGCCUCCGCCGGAGGAGAAGCGGCCGCGCAAGCGCGGGCGCAAGCCGGCGAACGGGCGCGAGGAGCCCCUGAACCACGUGGAGGCGGAGCGGCAGCGGCGGGAGAAGCUGAACCAGCGGUUCUACGCGCUCCGCGCCGUGGUGCCCAACGUGUCCAAGAUGGACAAGGCGUCGCUGCUCGGCGACGCCAUCUCCUACAUCAACGAGCUCCGCGGCAAGAUGACGGCGCUGGAGUCGGACAAGGAGACGCUCCAUUCCCAAAUCGAGGCGCUCAAGAAGGAGCGCGACGCCCGGCCGGCCGCGCCGUCGUCGGGGAUGCACGACAACGGGUCGCGGUGCCACGCGGUGGAGAUCGAGGCCAAGAUCCUGGGGCUGGAGGCGAUGAUCCGCGUGCAGUGCCACAAGCGCAACCACCCGGCGGCGAAGCUGAUGACGGCGCUGCGGGAGCUGGACCUGGACGUGUACCACGCCAGCGUCUCCGUGGUGAAGGACAUCAUGAUCCAGCAGGUGGCGGUGAAGAUGGCCACCCGGGUGUACUCGCAGGACCAGCUCAACGCGGCGCUCUACGGCCGCCUCGCCGAGCCGGGCACCGCGAUGCAAAUCCGCCCGAUCGGCAUCGAGAUGGAGAAAGAAGGCGACGAUCAUGUUGUUGUUGUAAAAUCUCUCUUUAGGAGGAUGGAUGGAUGGAUGCAUGUGUACAUCAUCAUCAUCAUCUUGUUGUGUUUUUGCAAGUAG